AACUGCAAGGGCAUUAUGACACGAGAUAUUCAGAGGCUGAAAGCAUCCCGGUAGUCUAUCUUUCUUCCGAGAUUGUCUGCAUGUCAGAUUUUUCAAGACCCUAAAGUCGCGGCGGUGGUAGCAGGAGUAUAGGAUGGAGUUCGCUCUUCAAAGACACCUAUUCAGCAAUACGACUCAGCGUGUAAUUGAAAACGCAGAAGAAAGUUGCAGACUAGGAGCAGCAAGGAAAAAGGCGUUGCAACAACAUAAUCAACUAAUAUUAUAUCCUCCGGCAAGCUUAGGACAUGUUUCUCUUCAGGCGAUGUAUAGCACUUCAAUUUUCCAUGGAGUUCCCUCAAGGAACAAGCAACUGAGGAAUGCGCCUAAGCAUCUGACUUGUGCUAUGAGGAGGAGGAGAGCGAACAUUCCAACUGAAACUUACGUUUUAAUGGAACCAGGAGAGGAUGAGGAGUUUGUUUCAGAGGAAGAAUUGAGGAGCAGGCUGAAGGGGUGGCUGGAGAAUUGGCCAGGCAAGUCCCUACCACCUGACCUUGCCAGAUUUGAAACUACUGAUGAUGCUGUCCAGUUCCUGGUAAAAUCUGUUUGUGAACUCGAAAUUGAUGGAGAUGUGGGUUCAAUUCAAUGGUACGAGGUCCGGUUGGAGUAAGCAGCAGCCUUCCUGAAAUCCUAAUUUCAUAUAGCUUUCCUAGUGUCUCUAGGAUAUCCGACAUUAUCAAGGUUUUCUUGGGUCAUUAUCGAACUUUGCAGUUACAUAUUUUUAACUAAGCUCCAAAAUCGACAUAUUUGAAUC